AUGCUUGCUUGUGCUUGGUUCAAUGAUAGGUGUAUCCUAAUAAAUUCAAAAUAUAUUGAGCUUUGUAGUCGUCAUCCAGAAGUUAAGUGGGCUCAGAAAGAGGAUAAAGUUUAUAUCACAAUUUUAUUGGCGGAUUCAAAAGAUGCAAAAGUGAAUCUUGCUCCAGAAGGUGUUUUUACAUUCUAUGCUUCAGCUGGCCAGCAUGAGUAUGAUCUUAAGCUUGAGAUUUUUGACAAAGUUAAUGUAGAGGAGAGCAAAAUCAGUAUAGGGGAGAGAAGUGUGUUUUGCAUUUUGGAGAAAGCAGAAGCGAAAUGGUGGAACAAAAUUCUGUUUGGAGAUGGCAAGACCCACGUUAUGUGA